GCGAAGCUGGAGACCGCUCGGCGAGGGCGCGGGGCGCUGCGCGACCGCGGGGGCCCCGGGCCGGCCGGUGCGGCUGCCGCUGGUCUCCGCCCCCCACCCCGCCCCCCCCCUCGCGCCCAGGGCGGAGGCGCCGACCCCGGCGGAUCUGGGCGGGAGGCGCCAGCCGCCGAGGGAGGGGCGCGCCGAGGGUGGGCGGCUCGCCGUCGGUCCCGGUCCGUCGCGGCGCCGUCCCGAGUCUCCGCGGCGAGGGUGGGCAGGGCUGUCCCGCUUCGGGGGAAAGAGCAGGGACGCCCCGCGCCCGCCGCCCCGCAGAGCCCGGCCCCGAGCCCCACCCCGCCGAGCUGCGCGCGGGCCGGCCGGGGACGCGGAGCAGCCCCGGGGAAUGAGGCGGCCGCAGCCCCUGGCGCCCCUCCGCGUGUGCGCCGCGUCCCUCGCCCGCCUGCCCCGCGGGCCCCCCCCCAUGGCGGCCCGGUGGUUCAAGGAGUUCCCGCUGAACCUGAAGACGGCGUCUGAGCGCGCCCGGCCCGGUGGCGGCGGCGGCCGACUGCGCAAGAACUCGGAGGCGGGCGGCGCCGGGCCGGCCCCGGCCAAGGGCCGCAAGAACUCGGCGGCCGAGCUGGGGAGCGGCAGGGCCGGCGUCGGCGCCCCCAGGGACAGCCGGCCGCCCCGGGACAGCCUGCAGGGCCUGAUCCAGGCCGCGGCGGGCAAGAGCCGCAAGAACUCGCGGGCCGCGGAGGACGAGCCGCCCCGGGGCGCGGCCAGGAGCGCGGGCUGCGGCACCUACAUCAGCAGGCUCAUCAAGGUGGACACUCAGGAGAAGAACGGCGGCGGCGGCGGCGGCAGCGGCUCUUCCUCCGCGUCCUCCUCUCCCGCCUCGCUGGGCCCCGGACUGGACAAGGGCAGGCCCGGGAAGCAGCCGGACACGGUCAUCAUUUUGGAAGACUAUGCUGACCCUUAUGACGCCAAACGGACGAGAGGCCAAAGGGACGCAGAGAGGGCAGGAGAAAAUGACGGCUACAUGGAACCCUACGAUGCGCAGCAAAUGAUAACAGAAAUCCGGCGCCGAGGUUCCAAGGACCCCGUGGUGAAGGCCCUUCAGCUGCUCGACGGUCCCUGCGAGUCGGGAGAGAAUAGCGCGAAAGCGGAGACUGCAGCCAAGAGACGGGGCUCCAAGGAGCUGGUGGGGAAGCCCCCCCAGCUGUACGACACGCCCUACGAGCCCCCCGACGGGGCCCCCGAGCGGAGGGCGCGGCUGCCCGCGGAGGACGAGCGGCCGGCCGCUGAGUACGAGCAGCCGUGGGAGUGGAAGAAGGAGCAGCUCGCGCGGGCGCUGUCAGUUCAGUUUGAGGGCUCGGACUGGCCGUCCGUCAAGGAGGACCCGGCGAAGCAGCAGCAGCGGCAGAAGAGCUGGACCCAGAAGGUCCUGAAGCCGGUCGGCCCGGACCACGGCGAGGGCGAGAAGGUGGCCCCGGGCCUGCCGCUGGGGAAGCAGCCUUGGUAUCACGGCGCCAUCACCCGCGCAGAGGCCGAGAGCCGACUCCAGCCCUGCAGAGAAGCUGCUUAUCUGGUCCGAAAUAGCGAGUCAGGGAACAGCAAAUACUCCAUCGCCCUGAAGACUAGUCAAGGGUGCGUCCACAUCAUAGUGGCCCAGACCAAAGACAGCAAGUACACGCUGGAUCAGACGAGCGCCGUCUUCGACAGCAUCCCCGAGGUGGUGCACUAUUACUCCAACGAGAAGCUGCCCUUCAAGGGAGCAGAACACAUGACCUUGCUCUACCCCGUGCACAGCAAGGGCCACUAAGGUCCAGCCAGCAAGAGCCCUGGCCAGGCCCCUCCCCCUGAGCAGGGCAUCAGCCCCAACCAGCACCUGGGGACAGAACUGGACUUCCCCACAGGGAUCGGUGGGAAGUGGGAGUCUCUACCUAGAAGGCAAAAAUCUUUGGCCUGACAGCCGUUCCGCGACACUUGGCUACUGACCUGUUGCUUUUCUACAAAAAGAAAUCAUAAUUCACCAGCUGCCUCUGCUCUCUGGAGUAGGUGUUCUGUUUGUGGGGGUACUUUCAGGAAAGGUAAGUCAAGAGUCCAGGAAUAUUAACACUAGGUGUUCCCUGGAACACGUAGGCGCUAAGCAAACCCACAAAAAAUGCAGCUGGCUUUAUGCAGGGCAAUAAAACUUGAUCACGUGGACCAGAAGAGCGUGUGCCACGGACCCCUUCCCGGGGACAAGCACGAAUAGUGGAAAACACGUGGAUAUGGAGGACUCGGGGAAGGCGUCCUGGUUCAGCUCCGGAGUCCACGCAAAUUCACAGCCCCAAUGAGAGUAUGUGGGUGGUCAGCCUUCAAAGAAAGUUUUGUUUUCUCAGUCUCUAGGGACUUUCCCAUCAUCUUUACUAUGUAUGUAAACAGGAAGGAAGGUGCCCCCAGAUUAAGAAUCAGCAACAGAAAUUAAACAUCAGCAUCAUUAUAAUUCUGAGUUAUAGAAUAAAAUAAUGAUUUCAUUUCUGAUUUUUUAAAAAAUCUGAAAAAUGUGCAAAACUCAGCAGCUGUUUCCUUACAGAAUACUCAUUCGGAACUUUGGAUGUCUUCGGGGUUCACCUUCCGGCAUUCCUGUGGUUAGGGAACAAGUUUUAACUUGUGCCCCCGGUUAGAUUUGCUUUGUAUUUUUGGAGUAAAUUUUUAGUACAUACAUCCCUGCCCCUCGGAGCUGAGUGCCUGUCCUGUGCAAAUCAGACCCGUUCUCACCGCACAAAACCGUCUUAAAGAGACAGUUCCUGCUUCACAUAUUAUAUUAAUAGUCAUAGUAGCGUUCUCUUUAUGGUUCACUGUGAGCUUUGGUUGCCAGUUCACUUACUGUGAAAAAAAGUAAGUAAGAACCCCUGAGAAUGGCAUUCCGGGAAGGGCCCCUGCCCAGUGAGCGGCCGACAGUCCCCGAGCAGUGGCGUCCGUGGUCUGGCCUUGCUGGUGGCCCCAGGCUUGGACCACAACAUCCCUGAAGAAUUCACUGUUGUUGCCUCUGUUACAGACACACAAAAGGUUGAUUUGGUUCAAUUUUAGAAAAGCCUGUCCUUCGAGCUCCUAGUCACCGUUCUGCUGUUAUGAUUUACACAUUAGUAGACACUUGCUUUUCUGUUAAGGUUGUAGCCAGAUGGUCAUGUGAUCUUUGAUUUAAAAAAUGGGAGGGGAACCUUUUCUUACUGAAUCUCAAUGAUUUUAUUAAUAGAGUGUCUGUUUUUUAAAAUACUGAUAGAAUUUUUUAAAUGUGCAUUGGUUCAUGUGACAUCUUAUUAUAAGAUUUUUUUAAAAAGCAUUUUUAGCACCUGUAGUUCCAAUUCCAUUCAACAAAUAUUUAUUAUCUUCCAUAUACAAAUAAUUCGUUUAUUAUUAAACUUAUUUUUAGUUCAGCAUUCUAGAAGUGAACCUGAUUUUUGACUUAAACCUAUCCUACGAAAUAUAGCAGUUACCCUAAUCUUGAUGCCAAAAAGCUCUGCAGCCUUUCUCUGUGCACUCUUGAUGGUUUUUGGCGGACACCCAGCAGCCGUGAUGAACAUAUAAUGAGACUUGACGGCAGACCUGAUGCGUUAACCUGUUCAUGAAGCUUCCAUCGUGUGCUUUCUCUGCACUGUUUUCCCGUGACAUUGUGUCCUGUUCUUUGUGGAGAUGUGGAGUCUGCAUGUGGUCCAGACCCUUCUCACCACGUGGGGGGUGGAGGAAGAAGAAAGGUCUAGAAGGAGCUGAGCUGCCAUUUUCUCCCUGAGGCCGAGUCGCCAGCAGCCGCAGAGGCCUCACCAGCAGCAGGUACCUGUGCUCUGAAAACAGGCCGGGCAGGUGUCCCUCGUCCCUCAUGCUUCCUCAUGGGGCCUCCAGGGCCACUUAUCCAAACCCCUGUGACGCCUUUCCUCUCUGAGCUCUGAAUGCUUGGGCUUUCUGUCAUUUUGCCCUGGUCCACGUGUUUUCCCAUAGUCUCCGUACUUCUCCGUUACCUCUGUCUCCCACAAUCUUCUCCGAUUCCUGCUGAAGAGUAUACUGCCCUUUAGCAACCCCUUGCCUGGAACAUGGCUCCCCAGACCCCCCUCCCGGGCUCCUUCUCCAGCACACCCCUUCUUAACAAAUGCUCUGCCCGGCUCAGGAGACAACUUUAUUUCGUUGCUUCUUCUCAGGCCUGUGGGACAUUUCCGUCUACUUUGCUGCUGUAGUGGUUUCCACCAGGGUGGACUCCAGCCAGUGGAGUGUCUAUUUAAACAAGGAAUAGAAUAGUGGAGCGGUGUUAUUAUGUAUAAUAGAGGAAAAGGUCGGGGCGCCUCGGCGGCUCAGUCAUUGAGCAUCCACUUUCGGCUCUGGUUAUGGUCCCAGGGUCCUGGGACUGAGUCCCGCAUCGGGCUCCCUGCUCAGCGGGGAGCUGGCUUCUCCCUCUGCUGUUCCCCCUACUUGGGCUCUCUCUCUUCCUGCAAAUACAUAAAUCUUUUUUAAAAAGAAAAGAAAAGAAAAGAAAAAGGGAAAUAAGAGGCACCCGAGUGGCUCAGUUGGUUACGUCCGACUCUUAAUUCCCGCUCAGGUGCUGAUCUCAGGGUCAUGAGACUGAGCGCAGCGUGGAGUCCGCCAGAGUUCCUCUCUCUCCCCUUGGCCCUCCUGCUACUCGUCUCUUUCUCACUCUCUCAAAUCGUUCUUUUAAAUGAAAAUACUGAUGUGCCGACUGUCUUUGGGGAGAGGAGUGUCCUUUUAAGUGACCCAGAGUACUUUCUCAGGCAUUUACAAAAAGAGCCUUUUCCUCUCCUGAA